ACGAACUCUUCAAGCUCUUUAAAAAUGACUUCCUACACGACGCCAAUCGAGACCAAGGUCAACAACCCGCGCCUUCGGUUACUCAACAAGAUCAAGGCAAAUGAAUACCCAUUGAUGACCUUCGUUGCCAUACCUUCUGUUCGACAAGCUCAAAUCGUCGCCUUAACAGGUCUUGACGGCAUUAUCCUGGACUGCGAGCAUGGCCACAUCGGGGACGAUUCAAUGCACAACUCAGUCGCCGCGAUCGCCGCCCUCGAUGUCUCCCCCAUCAUCCGCAUCCGAGGCCCGGCACACGACAUCAUCAAGCGCGCUCUCGACACAGGUGCACACGGCAUCCUCGUUCCCCAAAUUAACACCGCCGAAGAAGCCGCACAGAUCGUCGCAUCCUCCAAAUUCCCUCCCCAUGGAGUACGAGGGCAGGGGUCCGCAUUCCCUGCCAUCGCACACGGCCUUACAACACCGCAGUACAUGAAGACUGCAAACGAGACUAUCCUCACCAUGAUACAAAUCGAGACACGGGCAGGUGUCGAGAACGUGGAAGCCAUUGCUGCGGUUCCGGGUGUCGACAUGAUCUUCAUUGGGCCAAACGAUCUUGCGCAAGCACUGCUGGGCUACGUGCCUGCGCGGGGCGACGAACCUGAGUUUGUAGCUGCGAUUGAUAAGAUCGAGGCUGCGGCGCGGAAACAUGGAAAGUGGUUCGCACGUAUGGUCAACAACGGGACGGCGGCGAAGGAGGCGAGGGCCAGGUAUGAUACAGUGGCUAUCACGGGUGACACGAAGGCCAUUCAAAACUGGUACAUUUCCGAGUUCGAAAUCGCGAGGUCCGGUAGCGCAAAGACGCCGUAG